CGAGGACACAUUUUUUGAAAAAAUUUUAAAAUCGCAAUAACUAAAAUAAAUUGAAAGAUACAGGUGGUGGAUGGAAUUAUUGUAUAAUCCUUUGAAGGGAGCGGAAACUACCUUUGGAGAUGUUCAUUUUGGCUACUUUGUUCCUACUGUAAUUUGCGGAAGAACAAAGGCCUUUCAAACAGAUUUACAACUCUUCAUUUCCAAUUAUUGUAACCAAAUCUUCCAAAACAAUUUCAACACUUUUCUUAACAGUUGUUUGGAUUUUGGUCUAGAAGGGAUCGGUUUAGAGUACAGGAAUCGUAUGUUUUCUAAGAUUUUGGUCCUUUCGCCAAAGGAAAAUCUAACUGAUGUAUGGCAAAUUCUCUGGGGAACUUGGUCAUAUAUGUUUAAGAACGGAGUAGAGGAGAAGAGUGAGGAAUACAAUGUUUUAUAUAAAGUUUCUUUGAUAUAUUUAAUGUUUUAUUUAUACUUUUCACAAUCGGAUUUUAAUAAUUUGCCAAUCCCUCUCUCAAUAGAUACGUUUGAGGAAUGUUUAAAGCUUUCAGAAACAGUGUUGAAAAAGUAUAAAGUAACUUCAGUUUUGAACGUUUUAAAGUACUUGAUAAACCAAAAGUGUAUCACAUUUACGCUCUUGGACGGAUUACAAUUUCUAUACCAGAAUAAAUUCGGAGCUCCACUCAAACCUCCAUCAUAG